AUUUUCCCGUAAGGCUCCAUCACUUAUUUGUGACGUCUUUGAAAAACGGCAGCCUUCAUAUUAAUAUCUGUUACUCGUCGAAGUUCCCGGUGCAGACAUCUUGGAUUAUCGACGAAGGCUUUGUUCCAACUUUUUUGAGCCCGAAAGCUCUUGUGAGUGAGACUAAGCACUCUAAUGGUUCCAUCUCCGCCAGUAUGGAGCUUCCACCGGAAGUCCCUUUGACGCUGCUGCGUUUCCACGUGGCCUGCAAGAAGCAAUCGUUGCUCGUGUAUACGGUACUGUAUGUGUCGCACGGCAUGGCGGACACAUUCGAGGAGAUCAAACAGUUUUCCCUGUACAUGCCGCCCGCGAAUGAGGUUGGAAUCACGCCUGGCGGGGAGGCCCGCUUUCACGCCGUCGUUGACACAUCAGGGACGAAGUAUAAGUUCGGUCUCCUACAAACAGAAUUAUCCGUCUACAGUAAACGCCUGGGCGAAGUUGCCAACAGUUUCUUUACCAACUAUGCAGCAUUCUCGUUUCUACCAACCAACACGUCGAGUCCCAUUGCGCAGAGACAAAUCGUCCAAACGUCUACCGAAUAUCACGCAGACAUUAUCCUCACUUCCAAAGAGCUGUACAAGAACGGCGCAGUGGUCUCGAUACUUGCGGGAUGUGCGAACCCAACGUCGCUCAUUCAGCGCAUGGAUGUUAAGAAAUUGAUGUACCUCCGACCGAUGGGCUCCAGGGAACCAGUCGCGCCAGGCACUCUAGGAUUUAUCGACGAGGAGUAUAACAUCCCUGUGCAACCGUCCGAGCAUGCGUUGGUUCGCUGCAAGCUGGUAGGUAACCCGGUGAAGAACAUAACGCUUCACAUGAAGCCGGCACGCGGCGGGGACUAUGUUCCGGUGGACGCCCCGGUGAAGCUGACAGCGAUGGAGUACGAAACGACGGCAGUGUUCCACCUGCUCAACACCAGCAGUAAGGACGCGGGCGGCUAUAUUUGCAAGGCCACGGAUGGAGUGACGGAAGUGCGGACGCGGAACCACGAACUCUCGAUCCUGACAGCGGAUAAGGUGAAAACGGCGGCAUAGAUGCAUAGCCCGUGCGCAUCAUGUUUUACGCAAUACUUAUUACAAACGGUGGACGGUGUUUUUUUGCGGCCAGAGUAUUUAUGUCUUUAUUAAUGUGCAGUACAGAUAAUUAGAUCAUGAUUUCGUUUGAAUGGUUAUUUUAGAAUAAGGCUUCUAAAAAAGCGUUGAACACUACUAUAAAAGGGUACAAGUAGUCCCGGAUUACCGAUUAGGCAGAGUAUGCAACUGCCUAUAGGCCCCGCGACUUUUCGGGGCCCCACGAGACCGUGACGGAAUAAAACAAUCUCACCACGAGACAAUCAGUGAUUGUUUUCCUAAAUUCCUAAUCUUAUAAUGAUACAAUCUCCACGCAGAGUUGUCGUUCCUUGCUCUCACAUACAACUCUGCAUAAGGCUCAGCACGCCAUUUUGUCUACC